AUGAGAGCCAGUUUCUACCACGAAGUCUUUGAUGAUUCUCAACCGGAAGAUGCUGGCACGAUCACAGUCACUGCCACAAUCCUUGGCGACGAUGAUGACUUUGACACGUCAUUCACGACUAGCUCCCUUCCCAUACAAGACUUCUUCGGUUUUGAUGAUCAGAACGAAAACUACGAGUGUCAAAUCAUACGAGAAUUGAUGUGUUUCCUGCAGGAAGCAGAUAUCGACGCGGACACUAUUAGAGAUGUGUUUAUGAAUCUAGUUGCCUACGUUCUUAUUGUAACUUGUUUCAGUAGUAGUGGGUACUCUCCUGGAUGUGAUUUAUCGGUUGAGUUGGAUCUCUCUCCUUAUUAUCUCCAUGAUGAUGAUGAUGACUCCCAGUCACAGAUUGAAGAAGCCGCUCAAGUCUCGUUCCAUGAGAUCACUAAUAACACCCGGUUUAGACCCGCUAGCAAGCUCGUGGUCAAAUCCCUAAUCAGGAAAAUUUACAAGAAGAAGAAGAAUAGCUUGGAAGAGUGCACGAUUUGUUUGGAAGAGUUUAAGAAUGGAGGAACAGUUGUGCCUUUAGCUUGUGGACAUGAGUUCGACGAUGAGUGUAUCGUGACGUGGCUUGAGACCAGUCAUGUUUGUCCAUUGUGUCGUUACGAGUUUCCAUGUGAAGAUCAAAUGAACUAAGUGCUCGAUGGAUUAAACAAUUAGUAUGAGAUUGUAGAUUUGACUUAUGAGAGAGUUACUUGUUGUGAUGAAGCUCUGUUUAGUAUUUUUUUUUU